UUAAAUCAACAUGGUUCUAAAAAUUUCAUCAAUGGUCUUUAAAGUGAAAAGACACAAACAUGAGCUAGUGAAACCAUCUAACCCUACUCCUAAUGAACUUAAAUUGUUAUCAAACAUAGAUGACCAACUUGGAUUUCGUUACCAUGUUCCACUUAUAUUUUUGUAUCGUUACAAUCCAUCAAUGCUAGGAAAAGACCCUGUUCAAGUCAUAAGAGAAGCACUCUCUAAAACACUUGUGUUUUAUUAUCCUUUUGCUGGAAGACUUAUGGAAUGUUCUAAUGGAAAACUAAUGGUGAAUUGUAAUGGAGAAGGUGUCAUGUUCAUUGAGGCUGAUGCUGAUGUCACACUUGAUGAUUUUGACAACAAUUUUGUUCCUCCAUUUCCUUGUUUUGAUGAGUUGCUUUAUAAUGUUCCAGGAUCAGAUGGAAUUAUUGAUUCUCCUUUGCUUCUUAUACAGGUAACUCGUCUCAAGUGUGGUGGUUUCAUCUUUUCUCUUCGCAUGAACCAUACAAUGAGUGAUGGAAGUGGAAUUUCCCAAUUUCUAAAAGCCUUAUCAGAACUAGCAAAUGAGGCAAAAGAGCCUUCAAUUCUCCCUAUGUGGUGUAGGGAGCUACUAUGUGCAAGAGAACCACCAAAAGUUACAUGCAUCCAUAGAGAAUACCAACAACUACCACCAGAUACCAAAAGCAACUUCAUACAUCAUUCUUUCUUCUUUGGCCCAAAAGAGAUAGCUGCAAUUCGUGCUCUUCUUCCUCAUCAUCUUUCUAAAUCAACAUCAUUCAAGAUUCUCACUGCAUGCCUCUGGCGUUGCCGCACAAAGGCACUUCAGUGGAAAAACUCAAACGAAGAGAUUCGUUUGUUGUGCAUCGUCAAUGCACGUUGUAGGUUAAAUCCUCCAUUGCCUGAAGGAUUUUAUGGUAACACUGUUGUUUUUCCAGCGGCAGUUACAACCGUUGGAAAACUUUGUGGUCGACCGUUAGGUUAUGCUGUAGAGCUAGUGAAGAAUGCAAAAAAUGAAGCAACUGAGGAGUAUGUGCACUCAAUGAUUGACUUAAUGGAAACUAACGGAAGACCUUGUUUUACUAGGUCAGGGUCUUUUGUGGUAUCAAAUAUUUCAAAGGCUUCUUUAAAAGAUUUGGACUUUGGAUGGGGAAAGGCUUUAUAUGGUGGUGUAGCAAAAGCAGGUCUUGGAGACAUUCCAGGAGUGAGUGUCUAUAUGCAUUUUACCAAUUCUAAAGGAGAACAAGGUAGAGUAGUUCCUAUUUGUCUACCAAUUAAUGCAAUGGAAAGGUUAGAGAAAGAGUUGGAUAACAUACUCAAGGCCAAUAAUAAUGGAAAAAUGAUAUUAAGAUCCAAUUUCUAAUGAGGGAUAAUAUAAUCAAGCAAAUAAUAACUAAGAACUUGUAUUGUAAUAAUUCAUUAUAAUAAACCUUGAUAAAUGUGGUUA